UUCCGAUUCCAAUUUCGAUUCCUCAUUUCGAUUCCGAUUCCUAUCGAUUCUCUAAUUCGAUUCUUUUAAAAGGCAGGAUAUCAAAAAGAAAAAAGAAAAAAAAAAAGCAUGGUUUGAAUGAGGGUGCUAACCGGGGCUCUUCUUUUUGGAUGAAAUUUCUGAACUCCUCCAUGAAUUUUUAAAUCCUAUUAACUUUUUAAGAACUUAACUAUGGAUUUCUCACAGAGCUAUUUUCAACCAGUAUAUAAAUAUCAUUUUUUGUUUUCAGGUCGUUUGUCUAUGAAAAAGUACAAGGGCUAACGUUAGGUGGAUAUUUAAGUCUACUCACCGUACACAGUUCAAUUUCUUUACCGUUUCAAAGUUAGCAGAGGACAGAAGUCAUUUAUUGUUCCACUUAUCUGAUCCUGACUGGUUAGCGGAAGACAGGUGUUGUGCUGUAGAAUGCACCCCUGCCGUAGAAUGCCUCCCCUCCACUGAUUAGCUUCUUAGUGGAAGAAAUAUGAUCUCAUAUUUAAUAAAACACGGGUAUUAGAUCAUGAAAACGUGUCAAAUGGAGCAGUAAACUUUCGUUUUGUUUGUAUGUGUCUCAAAAAUGCACACAUAAAGGUGUACUUGGGUAUAUAAACUGUAGAGUAAGCUGUUAAUGUAGAGAACAAAAUAAUUUCAGGACAGUAAAUAUUCCGAAUCAGAGGGCUAUUGUUUUCGGCAUAUCUGAAUAGCCUGAAUGAAAUCAUUAAAGGCACACGCUUUAGAUUCCGUCCAACGGUAAGAAAAACUUGGAUUGUUUCGCCUUGUUGUGUACUUUCAACAGCGCUCCCGUCAGGGCUGCAUUCAACAGCAGGGGUGCAUUCUACGACACAACACCGGCGAAGCGCGUCAAAGACGAGCACUCGGGUAUUUCUCCUCCAUGAAUCCUGAGGUGUUUAAUCAUGUUUGUCGUUUACCCUCCUUUGCAUGAUAUAACUGUAUUGUUAAUGUUGCAUUGAGAUAAGAGUUCAUUCUUCCUGCUAAAGUUAGCCAAACUUUUGACCAACGAAGAAGAAGCUGCCGAACACCAACGAGGACGGAGCGUCUGAGACGAAGUCACACAGAGAGAGGAGAGAGACAGAGAGAGAUUACAUUGUAACCCACAGCGGCUGCAUUGCUGUGGGUUGCAAUGUACUUUCUCUCUCUGUCUCUCUUCACUCUCUGUGUGGCUUCGUCUCAUACGCUCCGUCCUCAUUGGUGUUAAGCGGCUUCUUCUUCGUUGAUUUUCGGCGGCUAUUUCUUCCGGUCGGCGGACUCUGGCAUCGAAACUUGGAAUCGAAAUUUUAAUAUUUGAACGAUACCGGAAGAAUCGAAGUUUUAGUCCCGAUUCCCAUCGAUUCUCGAUUCCCAACCCUAGUCCUCAAGGGUGGGAGUUUAUCUGGACCACAGAGCAGGAACUUUGUCUUUCUACACCGUCUCUGAAACCAUGACUCUGCUGCACCAAGUCCAGACCACCUUCACUCAGCCGCUCCAUGUUGGACUCUGGAUUUACUGGGCUGGAGACACGGCAGAGUUAGGCGAGCCGGAGUAGACAGAAGCUGCUCAUUUUAGCGUUCACUUCGUUCCCUUCAAUCUGGUGAGAAAUCUAAAUUUGUCACAUUUUUUGCACAUAAACGUCAUUUCCUUGCAGUCACCACGCUGGUGAGCAUGUAGAGGUUAAUAUUUUGCAUUUAACAGACCGUAGAGCCACUUUGAGGUCAAGUUUUGUACAUUUUCUGUACUAGAACAGAAUCCAGAGGGAACUUUGAUCAGUAAAAUCCUUGGAAAGCAUGUAGAUAACAAACACUGCUGUUAUUUUUAAUUUGAAGGGCAUCCGUCCGAUAAAAACGAGGGUCUUUUUUUUAAACAUUUUAUUAAGACAAAGGAAAACCAGGAGACACUUUUUAUCCACUACACACUUAAACAGUGGAGAUACAGAAGGGAUUUAAUUUCAUAAACUGAGAGGACAUCUAGAGGGGACUUUUCUGCGCUUCUGUACGUCCUCAUGUCCUGAUGAGUUCAAAUGAAGGUUCCUGGUUUCUGUUGUUGAAAUCAGAGUGUCUUAAUAGUUUCUUGGGGAAGUUCUAGAUGUCUUUAAAAAGGACUAACAGGUGGAGUCUAAUUUCAUUUUCACUUUGAAUCUUCCUCAUUUUGUCCUAAAGAUGUUUGUUUUGAUAAUCUUCUAUGAUACCGACCCGUUAGACGCUCUGGUCCUGGACUGUGUGAAUUCAUGCUGUCAUGUAACCCCAUGCAGGCCGAGUGUGUAAAAUUUUAACUUAUUUACAGGUUUACAAAGAGUUUCUCUGAGUCAACCUGGUGACCCAAUUUUAAAAAGACAAAAUAUGUCAGGAAACCAAAUCAUCAAACACAAACUCGUCCACUAACCUUCGUCUUCUGCAGACGAGACGCUCAAAGUCACCAACAACAGCAGCAGCAGCAGCCCCACCGAUCCAGUUAGCCGAGACAUUUUCAGCACGAAGAUUUCAGAGUGAACGUUAGAGACGAACACGAGGAGAAGAUCACGAGGAGAGGAGCACGAGGAGAAGAACACGAGGAGAAGAACACGAGGAGAAGAACACGAGGAGAAGAACACGAGGAGAAGAACACGAGGACCACCUCAGAGAAAUGAAAGCACAGACCCUCGGUGGCUGAGGUGGAGGUGAUGCUCUACUAGCUUCUGGUGUGUGGGUGGAGGAUGUGUGUGUGUGUGUGUGUGUGUGUGUGUGUGUGUGUGUGUGUGUGUGUGUGUGUGUGUGUGUGUGUGUGUGUGUCUUCAGCUGUGCUGCAGCAUUUCCAUUUCCUCUGACCACCAGCAGCUUUGCACCUUCAUCUGUGAGAAACGUUUCCACUUUUGUUCUCUCAUGACAUCUUGAAGAUCCUCUGACUGCUGUAACUUCUAUCUGCUCUCGACUGUACGCUGUUUACAAAGAUCCAGUCUAAAGAUCGUCUAAGAUCAGACUCAUUCACAUCCCCUAAUCUUCAACCAACAUGAGUGAGACUCUUUACAGGAAGAGGAAGAACUUCCUUUAACAGGCAGAAACCUCGAGCAGAACCAGACUGAUGUUAGACAGUCAUCUGAAGGGAUGAAUCGAGAACCAGUUCUUGUUGAGAACCGGUUCCAAAUGGUUCAAUCCAUCGACAUCAUUUACAUUUUGUCUUAAUGAUUCCCUUAACGAUUUCUUUCUUCAUGAAAAAUGGUCUUGCAAGUGCCAGUCUAAGCGAAUCAGAACAGAGACUUUGAGGAUGGUGGACGGUAUGAAACGUCGUCAGAAACGAUCUGAAGUGUGGCGUCAUUUUACUAAGAAGGGCGACAACAGCGCGACGUGCAAGGAAACACCAGCAACAUGCUCAAACAUUUGUCAACGGGGCAUAUAUAAACAUGAGUCACAUGUAUUUGCACGUAUUCACUGUCUUCAGGAAUUCAGAAUAUUUAACUGAGUUAGAAGUGCAUAAAAAAACACUCGACCCCCAAAAAACUCAAAAUUUUGUGCACAACUCUGCUUCACAUAGUAGUGUCCUUUUUUGGGGGAUUUAGAAAAUGGUCACCCUAACACAUAUCCUGUGUUAACACAAGUACAAUGCAUGCCAGACUUAACAACGUAUUAUGUAUUUGGCUUAUGCAGCGUUACCUCGGAAGUUAGACGUCGGGGCUGGGAAUGACGUCACACCCGAGUUACUAGAGUUUCAGUUACCAAGUCGGAAAAAAGCAAAAUCGGAAGCGGAAACUAGAUGUUGCAGAAGAACCAGAAGUUACUUAGAUUCAGACGUGGAAAGCACUAAAAUAACUUUUGUAGAUGUAGCCGUCUUGUUUCUGCAGCUUCGAUAUCUGACCUCCUCGGUAACUCGAACGCAGCAUCAGUACUGACCCAAGUGAAGGCUGCACAGAUAGUUUACUGUUUGAUUAGUUUUAGACUAUCAGUGAAGGUGACAUACACACAUUAAAUACAUACUUUACAUUUUAAGUUAACAGUGAAAAUUUAUUGUCAAUUUUUUUAAAUCAAAGAAAGGCAUCGAUAAGAAAAUCGUUAAAGAAUUGAAUCAACAAACAGAAUCGAUAAUGCAUCGAUAUCGAUAAAAUCUUAUCAACUCCCUUCCCUAGUCAUCUGCUGAGACUGAGCUUAGGGUUUAGAGAAGAGAGAGAGAGCAGUCCAGAGGAGCCUACAGCAUGAUGGAGCUCAGAGACUCGCAGAAAAGACUGAAUCAGGGACUCUAACGAUGAUUCAGAGUUAAUGACACAGACGGGAAGAGGAUGGAGAAGGAGGGACAGGAGCUCAGUGAGAGCAGCACAACUAAGAGCUGGUCCAGAUCUGAUCCAGCUCGUUUCAAGACGACUCUUGAAGGUAGAGAGGUCAUCUAAGGUCAUCUCAUUCCAGCAAUUAAAAAAAAAAUCCAGUAUUUCAUUUAAUAACAGCCAAUGACAUCUUGUUGCUUCAUGGUCAGUGUCACAGGAGAAAAAAGGAAGUGAGACUUGAUGUGUGAACACCAGAGGAGCAGUCGAUGAAAACAGAACCAAGAGGAUCUGCAGAAAACACCAUCUUCUUCUUCUUGUUCUUUAACCUGCUGAAAGAUAAAAACUGUCGCUCCGGGGAGAAUGGAGAUUGAAGAGGAAUAUGUCAACUCAGCUGCCCGGAGAAAACGGAGGGAUACAGGGAGGCAAACAAAGAAAUGUUGUCCAGGUGAGAUCAUUUCAUCCAACUCUCCUCCACCUCUCUGUCGGUCUUUCUUCAACACUUUGUCUGCACCAACAAAGACACUCGUGACGAUAAUGAUGCUAAUAUGAACAAACUCAGGCUCAGGAACGUUGAGUUAAAUGUUGUUUAGGAACAGAAUUUGAUGGUUUGCCGAUCAGUUAUCAUCAGACAUUGGUUUUUGAAGUCAUUUUGAGCAGAUGCAGAGACUUACACUCCAGAGUCCUCUCUGUUCUUAAUGCAGUUCUGCCUGAAGGUCUGGAGAUCAGGACCAUCCAGGACUAGUUUUGGUUCUUGUCUCCAGAUUCCCUGAAUUAAUGAUAUUAAGCCCUUUUGGUGUCUAGGCUGAGAGUUUAUUUGAGCAGGUGCAGCUCCCUCUGCUGAAUCCUGAAGAGAAUGCAGGUUAAACCCAUUUUUCAUGGCUCCCCCUGCUGGCCACUAGGAGGAAUAAACUAAGAUGUUCCUUUAAUAGUACCACGAGGGGAAAGUCCAAAUUUACAGCAGCAGAGUACAGAUACAAAAAGAGAAACAUUUUAAAAAAUAAAGAAACUUUGAGUUAAAAAAAAGACAUUUACAUGCACCAUAUUUACCUCUUUACAGAUUUACAUGAUAAUAGGAUAAUAGAGUUUAUUGCACAUUGAGGUUCCUGUUGUGGAGUCUGACAGCUGCAGGAGGAACAACCUGUGAUACGUCUCUGUCACACACUUCGGGUGGAGCUCCUCAGAGCAGUGAGUGUGUGUUGGAGAGUCACUGUCCAGCAUGGAGAAGAAUACUCCAGAAUACUCCAGAAUACUCCCUCCUCCUUGAAGCUCAAACUUACUUUCAUCUCUUUUUUUUGAACAGUUUGAACUUUGUAUGUUUUAUUUAAUAUUUCUAUUUUACAUGUUUACUGCAGAGCGUGUUUUAGCUUCAGCACAUUAAAUUAUAUCAAUGCUGUCAGUUAGUGAGGUAUAAAGAUUCUGGUGAUGGUUCUGUGUUGGUUCCUCUUAUCCUUAGUUCUGCUUUCAACACUGUAGACCACGGUGUCCUCAUUAGCAGACUACAGGACCGGGUGGUAAUAUUAGGGAAAGGGUCCUUUAAUGUCCUCCCUAUCACUAUAGAUAGAUACUUCAACUUCAACUUGACUGAAUGAGACAAGAGAAUGAAAAAAACAAGAUCAACAAUAUAUACACAUGCCGUAAAUAGAAUACUUGAAUACUCUGAAUCUGUACAUGUACUGCAGUAUUUCUGUUUUGUUGUUUCCUCACCUGUAGGAGGGUCAGUGGUCCUCCGUCUGGUUGGAGUCAGCUUUGGUCUGCUGUGCAUCGUACAAGCUACUCUCAAUAUCACACUUCGGCUUUACUCUGGUGAGUAUCAGCCCCAGGCGACCAUGAAUCCAGUCAGAGAAAGCUCAACAACCAACAGUAUUGUGUGAAUAACGGGUUAAAAUUAAAAACUACAUGAGUGUCAAAGAUCUCAGUCUGUGUCAAUAAUGUGGGAAUAUUCACAGCUGGGUUUACUUCAACACUGACGCCCAUAAAACAAACUUUACUGACAGUUUGUGAAUCAACAACAACAGACGAGCUUUCCAUCAGAGCUCCCACUUCACUACAUGAAGUUCUCCUGGAGCGCUCGCCAUGGUUGGUGUUUUUCCACCUCUGCACGCAGCAGGAUCAGGAGGUUUUCCACAGAGGCUGAUCUGAGAUAUUUUUUAAUUCAGAACAUUGUUAAAAAGACGAUUCGUGGUAGAUCCACAUUUUUUAACUCCUCUUCUGUUUCCGUCCCCUUUAGCCGAGUGUGACGACGACUACGUCAAUAACACAACCACCAAUUUAACCACGAUGUCUGAAGACCAAAUCAGAGAACUGAUUUUAGAACGAGACGAACUGCUCCUGGAAAGAGUUUGGCUGUUUCAGGAAAAACGUGAAAAAGAGGCCGAAAUCAUAAACCUGCUUAGAGACUCGUUGUCUGACAGGAACAAUGAACUCGAAAAUACAAUCGAGGAACUUCAGUCCAAAGUUUUUCCUAGUGAGUGAGUUUUCUUCUAAAAUCUGUUUUCACUUUUAAUCAAAAUGACACUCGGAGGAAGUCGUAGUAAAAUCAUUUUCUCAGUUAGAAGUCUUAAAGUCGUUCUGUGAUGACAGUUUUGGUCCAGACAGCUCCACACACUUUAUUUUCAUAAUAUUACCACUAUUUUAUAUUUGUAUAUAUAACAUGAUGCCUUUAAUCUUGUGACAUUACAACUUCAUUUCCUUAUGACUUUCUCCUCAUAACAUAACGAGUUUGAUCUUAUAAUAAAAUAACUUUACCACAACUUAGUCCUUAUAAUGGUCAGAUUUUUACAAAAGAGGAUUAUGGCCAGAAAAACAGACAAAGAUAAUUACAGGAGGGAGAUUUUUUUUAAAUUUUCAUUUCGAGAUUUAAAUCAAAAUUUUUACUUUAAUCUAGAUUUUUUUUUUUUUAAUCUCUAAAUUUCAACUUUAAUCUCAAAAUUUUGACUGUAAUCUCCUUCCUGUAAUUAUUCUCUAAUCUCUUUUUGUGGCCCUAAUCCUCUUCCGUAGAUUUUGGUUUAACUUCAGUUUCAUGGAAAAAUCAUUUUAUUUCAACAAUAUUAUCUUUAUAUUUUUAACUCCUUAAGUCCAGAGAAAAUGAUUAAAGUAAAACUUUAUUUUUGUUUUCUACUACGACUUCUUCUCAAACAAAUUGAUCUUCAUUUUUUUUCACUUGCAAUAUUGAUUUUAUUUUGACUUUAUUGUUUUAAUAUAUAUUUGUUCUAGAUUUUUCACACAUAAGCAAAAACUUUAACCACUAAUUCACUCCCUUUUAAUCAUGAAACUUUAUUUUUAUCUUUAGUCCUGAAGUAAACUUUGAUUUUAUUCUCUUCAGAAAGUGAAUUUUUCAUAAAAGCCUUUCAAACGUAUUUAAAAUGUAUUUCUGUGAAACUGCCUUUAUUUUGCGCUGACACAUUGAGUGAAACUGCUCCCUCUUCAUCUCGUCCUCUUUCUUUCCUCUUCAGCUGAACUCAGACCUUCAUGCUGUCCCAGAGGAUGGCAGCCCUACAUGUCCAGCUGUUACAGGUCCUCCUCUGAUAAAGGUACCUGGGAUGACGCCCAACAGGACUGUGAGAAACUGAGAGCUCACCUGGUGGUUCUGGAUGAUGCCAUGGAGGAGGUACGUGGAGUUUGUCUUUAAAAGCUAACCUACCUGGAAUCCUUGACCUCCAUGAUCACCAUGUUUGAUUUUUUUCCAUCAGAGAGUUGUUCACAAAUUUUCAACUGGUAUGGGAAUGUGGAUUGGAUUGAGGAAACUAAAAGACCCAAAAACCUCCACUUGGGACUGGACCUGGGUGAACGGGAGCCCACUCGCUUACACGUAAGACUGACUAAAAAUCUACAGAUGAAUAAACCGGUUUAUAGUCUUGGAAGUCGAGUAGUGGGGUUUCGUUCCCCUUUAUCUAAUGUGAUUGAAUAAUUCAACAGCAGUCCAGUUAAAUCGCCUAAUCGGACUAUGAACAUACAUAUAAACAGGUCUGCUCUGCAUCAUUCAUCCACCCUCUAUUAAAACAUUAUGGUGUGUUGUUUUCUAGAAACUGGAAUCAAACAUAUGACGGUUUCUGGAGCUUCUUGUUUUUUAACCGAAAUUGUGCAGCGAGUCCUGAAUCCUCCCUGACUCCAGCCCCGUGGGACCGAGUCAACUGUGAGAAUCAAAACUACUGGAUGUGUGAGAAGGAGCUGAACUUCAGCUCCUUCUCACCUUAAAGAGACAAAAAAACCACAAACACCUUCUCCCUCGAUCACAACUUUCCAGACUCUGAUUAUUGUGGCCAAAACCGCAAUAAAGAUAUUUAUUAAACUCCCAUUAUUACUGUCUGCAUUAUUUCCUCUUUUGUAGGCACUAAUACUCGUAUACUAGGAUGUGUUUUCUGUUAUCUACAUUCUUUAAUUUUGCAUAUUUGUCACUUAUUUCUUAUGAACUCUUAUUAGCCUGUUUCUGUCUGAUUAUAUUGAAGGAAACGGAUCAAUAUCAGUUUGAACAGUAUUUAUUUACAAUCAAUUUGAUGUGUUUGACUUUUUGGAUUGUGAAAUAAUUUGAUCAUAAUCUGUUUAAAAUAAAGAAACGUUGGAUUUAAGGGAAGAGGGUAAAGGCUGUCCGUUUAUUUCCCCUUGUGGCCAGAAGGGGGCGACUCAAAAGAAGUUCGUUUUACCCUGAAGUCUCCUGUUUAUGUUUUCUUAAUUACAGCUUGUUGUUACGGUAAAAUACGUGUUUAAAUUUGACUAAUUUACAGUGUAGCUGCUUGUUAAUGACAUAAUGCAACAACCAUAACCUGGAAAACCUGCUCUGUGUAAAUAAAUCUGUCUAAAGCCA